AGCCUCGCAGUCGCGUAAGGCCUGGAGGCGCUCAUAACAUUCUGGACUUUUUCCUGGUGUUGAUGUUCUCACAAACCGUUGUUCUCUGGUACGACCGUACUAGUAUCGUUUUGUUAGUAACAACGAAACAACCCUCCUCAAGGCGAAUUUUGGUACAAAGCCCGAAGGCCCUAUUAUUCCACAACCAUAUCCUGCAAAAACGCCUUUCUCCCACAGAAUAUGGGCAGCUGCGGUCUGAAGGAGCAGUCAAUGAGAGGUUCAGCCACACCGGAUCGCCCUCUAAGGGUCUAGGCACGCAGAUUCAAUAAUAAGUCAUUGUCCAGGCCGGAGUCCUUGGCGUUUCUAUGCUCCGAAGAAAUAAAAAAAUUAUCGUCCCGUUCAAGCAUCUGGCGGGCACUGUCCACAUCUCCGGGGCUUCCGCACAUCACACCAUUUUAGACUCUCCUGCCGCUGUAUCUUGGCUUCUCACCUUUUUAGACCGCAGCACAAGUCGGGACCCCGGUAGGCGUUACCACUUACGGACGACAGCCCCAAGCCACAAAAUCGUUACAACAAUCGAUAAACUUAUCCCGGUUCCUGGGAUGCGCUGGCAUCAUGCUGUAAUCCAUGCGGGUGAGGCCCCGAAUCCUCUGGACGCAAGCCACAGCCAGAAGCCGCUGUUGGAGCUUCAUUCUGGGGUUGUCUUGCGCCACCAGAAGCCUGGGCUUAAGGUACCGGAUCCGUUCUUAUGGAUCGAGACGCCGGUGUCCAGGCCGAGCUGGCGCUGGCGAUCGUCUCCCCCUGUCUCUCGCUGGACUUUUGUUUUCUCGUCACUCGUUUAUGAAUCUCUUAUAAGCAAGAUUGUACCUCAAUUCCUUCAGCAGGACACAGCCGAAGAUGGGAAUCGACGAGCAGAUUGCGACUUCGGUGCCAAUUAUCCCUUCCCGGCCCAAGGAGGUGCACCUGAAGCACCAGAGUGCAGAUACCACUCUCGAGAACUCAAGAAGCUCAUUUCUGGAGAAUCCAUUCCUCGAUGAUCCGUUACAUGCGGGACAUCUCUCCUAUGCCACGACCCUUCCCGGUACACCUAGCGAGUCCGACCUGAGCGAAAAGCAUGAGUCCUAUAACUCCACUGAAAAGUACAUCAAGACCUAUGCAAGUCGGGCGGAAGAGUUGGGCA